AUGGACAGCGAUGAGGAGAUGAAGAAAGCCAAGAUGGCUGCGGCAGAGAUUUCCUUUUAUCUUCAGAGUGACUUUGAUGAUGAUACUUGCACGCUGGCAAGUCUCCAAUCGGAUAUCAGUAAGAUGUCACUGAAGAGUGCCCAACAACCGAGAGCCCAAAAACCUGGUGCCUUUUGGACUACCUAUCACGGGGAGCAAGAAGCUUCCUCCUCUCACCACAAUAUUCCGGAGGAAACCAAGGAAGAGAAUGAUGACUAUGACACUACACCUCCCAGAGGUUCUCGAUUGUCCGCGCCUCAGCCAGCCGAUCAAGACAACUUUACCAGCCGAAGGCGGCAAACGAUUACCGAAGCCAGAAAAACGUGUCAACGGGUGGAACAGCUAUUGGAAGCCGCCUCGGAUGCUUUGGAGGGUACCAACCAGAGCAACAAUGCUCAAGCAAUGCCAGCAGGCUCCGCACACUCCACGGCUUCUGGACCCAGCACACCCCCCAGUACCAAUCUCUAUCAAGGGUUUGCGGCUGCUUCUGCUGCUGCAUCACCUGCAGCAGUCUCUCCCAGAAAAUCAUCCAAGGAUGAAUCAAUAUCAAACAAGGAAGCCAAAUCUUCUUCUCCAGUAUCUCCUCCUCGAACCAUGAUGUUGAGCAAGGCACCCGCCCCAAGAAUAAUUUCUACCCGAACGCUCAUGAGAGCUGCUGCUGCUAACAGUUCGAUUCCUUCUACCAGAACCCUUUUGAGCAAGGAAGAUCAGCAACAACGAAGGCCAGCCGAAGCAAAGGUGAUUGAAACCCUUGCGGCACCGAGGCAAUUCAACUCGUUUGUGUCGGAAUCUUCGGCAGGAUCGAGUACGAUUGCGGCAGCACUGCCAACCGUACCCGUCCAACGGAAUGUACCAGUCAAUCGACCCAUUGUUCCAACUACUCCUGGUGCCUUUUCGAUUCCAGGAAGAAAUGCUCCACCUACGGCUACAGUCCUUCAUGUGGAAGAGAUUGAUCCAGAAGUGGAAGAAAAUGAGGAAGAAGAUGACGAUGAUGAAUGGAAUGAAUUGGAUCGAAUAUUAGAUGUCGAUGAGGAAGAAUGGAAUCGUUUGGACAAGCCCAACGAGUUGAAGAAUCAAGUUGUGGAAGCCAACCUUGUGGUGGCUGCCCGUUUGGCUGCCGAUGAUGAAGACUCCAUCCAUGCUCAAGUUCGAAAGAGUAUCCUAGAAAAGACCCCAAGAGCUGCUGUCGUUCACGUAGAACACGGUGGCGAAGCACAAAAGAUGGAGGAUCCGAUUCGAGAGGCCAUGCGAAGGGCCGAACUCGAACGCUACAAGCCUCGAGGUGUCAAGGAAAAGCUAUUUGGAGAUGGCAAGACGGCCAUGCUCGAUAUUGGUACAGCUCCGGAUGACUACAUUCGCAAGCGUGUUACAAUGCCAUUCACGGUCAAGCAGAAUGAAACUACCGGAAACUGGGUCUGUUCGGUCCAAACAAACCAAAAGGCAUGGGAAAAGUGCCAACGAGGAGACAACUCGGCCAGUGCCAAUCUUGAUUUGAUGCGAUCGGUCAAGACCUUUUCGGCAUCUACCGAAAAGGCUGCGCUCGAAGCUGGUUAUGCCAUGGCACCACCAGUCAUGGAAUCCUUUGAUGAGAACCCCAUUUGUUGCCUGUGCAAGACCAAGUUUGCAGUCUUUCGCCGACCACACCACUGCAAGAACUGCGGAGUCGUUGUCUGCUCUUCGUGUGCCUGCAGCUGGUCCAGUCGGCGAGUACCAUCUACCUACAAUACGGCCAAGAAGGAAAAGGUUAUUGUCUGUCAAGCAUGCGACUGGUUGGGGGACAAUUUCCAAAAGGCAGUCAUGAAUGGUGAUUUGCCACGGGCUCAGGCUUUGCACAAGACUGGAAAUGUCAAUCUGAGGCAUCCGUAUGGCGCGUGGACCAAGGGAGGAAAAGAAGUAUUCAAUCCCAUUCAUAUGAGCAUUCUUGGAGGCAAUCUAGACCUUGUUCGAUGGCUGAUUGAAGAAAAGUGCUGUCCACUGAGACGCCGAGACAAAGCCAAGUCUCUUUUGUGCACUUCCAAGGGCCGAUCACCAAUUCGAUUGGCACUCACCCUGGAAAAUCCAGAAAUCCUGAGGUUCCUGGUAUCGGAGCAAGGCAUGUCACUCGAAGCGGAAGAUUUUCGUGGGGACUACAAACAGUUGUUGGUCCACCUCACAACCUUGCUACACACUGUGCCCGGGCCCAUGCUGAGGCCAAAAGAAGAGUCUUCUGACAGAUCCAUUUCGAUCGACCUGGACCACUUGAAUGCUAGCCUCCCACAAUUUGAACGGGCUGCAACUACUGAGGAAAGGACCAUCAAGAAGAAAGAAGCUGAGUUCCGACGAGGAUCAUUUUGA